CUCGUUAACUAAGUUUCUUCACUCUCCACUUCAUAAUAUCAACUUCAUUCUAAACAAUUAGAAAGAACAAAUUAUACAUGUCUCCACAAACAUAAAGAAUAUUAGUUGUUUAAGGAAGAUAUAUUAUUUAGAAUAUGAAAUAUACCGGGAAAGUAAUUAUAUGUGUGUGGGCGAGUACCCAUGGGGCGGGUUUACCUAAACCCAAACCCUACCCGACCCGGUGAAUAGUGUAGCGGGUUUAAACCCGAACCCGGCCCAAACCCCGUCAACACGGGUUGGGUCGGGUGGAUACCCGUGGGUUCGGGUUUUGUUGCCAUCCCUACCGUAGGGUUUCUACUUUCUUGAACAUUUCUAUCAUCUCAAAAUCCCUAAUCUCCUUUCUUUGCCGCCUCGUCGUAGCCAACCAGAAUAAACCCUGGGGUCGGUACAGUCAUUGACUCGCUUCUGCUUCGCCUGCUGUUCUAAAUAGCCUGCUGCCUGAUCGCGACGCCGUUCUUGUUGCUCCGUCAAUUGGCCGCGGCGCCAAGUCAUAUGCUUUUAGCGGCGUGUUCGCCAUCCUCCGAAGGUCGUCGUGUCUCCGGGCUAGGAUCAGGUGACUAAGAGGGGGGGCCUUAGUCACAUGACUAAGUCAAUCUCAGCCCUUCCACCUCAUUAAAAUCGAAUGGUUCAGAUUAAUUCAUUUUAAUGAAGGGUAAUAUGGUAAUUAUAUAAUUAAUUUAUUUAACAAUUAAAAAAACAAUCCAAUUCCCCGUCCGCAUCCGCGCGCCCGUUUCCUGGGCAUUUUCCGGCGACCUGCGCCUCCGUUCCCAGGGCCGUGGGAUUAAUUUCCCCACCCAAAAAGCUUCUGCCCAAACAAGCUUUUAUCCUCCCAACCCAACCCGAGAGAGAGAGAGAGAGAGAGAGAGAGAGAGAGAGAGAGAGAUUUUUUUGUUUUUUUUUUCUACUGACCGGAGGAGACUUUUCCGGCGGCCGGAGAAGGUUUUUCCGGCGAUAGUGUUGAAUUUGUGAUGUUUGUCGUUUAUUUUGUAAUGUUCGUAAACUUUGUUAUUUUGUAAUGUUUGUGGGUUCUUUUGUAAUGUUUGUAAGAUUUGUUAUUUUUGUGCACCAUGUCUAUCAUUUUUGUCAACCAUGUUUGUAAUGUUUUUUAUGUCUAAAAAACAACCUGGUUAACUUUUGGAUGGAACUCCUCUAUAUAGAGAUGAAGCCUCCAAAGUCAACCCGUGUGUUUUUCGAGUUUGUAUGAAAUUUUGGUCUAAUUUGUCAUUUUUGUCCACCAUGUUUGUAUGUCUAAAAAACACCCGGGUUGACCUUGGGAAGGAGCCCCUCUAUAUAGGAAUGGAGCCUCCAAAGUCAACCCGGGUGUUUUUUCAGUUCGUAUGGAUUGUCGGUCUAGUUUGUCAUUUUUGUCCACCAUGUUCGUACUGUUUGUAUGUCUAAAAAACACCCGGUUUGACUUUGGGAAGGAGCCCCUCUAUAUAAGGAUGGAGCCUCCAAAGUCAACCCGGUUGUUUUUUCUUUUUGUAUGGUUUGUAUUGUUUGUCGGUCUAGUUUGUGUUGUUUGUACAGUUCAUACGUUUGUAAUGUUUGUGAAUCUGUUUGUAUGUUUUGUCGCUCUAGUUUGUACUGUUCGUAUGUUUGUAUGGUUUGUACUGAUUGUAAGUCCGGUUUGUAUACUUCGUAUUUUUCCAUAAUACCCAAACUACCCUGUCAUUAAUUAAAUAGCCCUUCCCACUUUUUAACCAUCAGAUUGAUGUGUCCAGAUCUAAGGGUUGGGAGGGGCUUAGUCGCACCUGAUAGAAACCUACGGUUUCUAUUACUCCUACUAUUAUUAUUAGGUUUAUUAUUAUUAAGGUCUUUGAGUUAUAUUAGGAUAGUCUAUUAGGUUUUUCGGUCCUUUAGCUAUAAAUAUGUACUUUGGGUCUUUUAUUCAAUUAAGCAGAAAUUAAUAGAAAAGUUAUCUUCCCCCAAAUCCCUAAUUUUCUCCUCUCAAUCUCGUAUUCACCUCAACCUAGGCCGCCGGCUAUUCUACUCUUUCUUCCCCAAAUUCUCUUCUAAAUCCCUAAUUCCUACCAAUUCCCAAUUUUCCAUCCAAAUCGAUAGAUCCCUAGAAAUAGGUUUCUAUCAUCUGGUAUUAGAGUCCCGUUGCGGAUAUGAGUUCGUCACAACUCUCAACCGGGGACGGAUUCUACAUCCUAGUAUCGACGAUAAGGAGUUUAUCACCGCACUUAACCAGAGAAGGAGUGCGACUAGUGUUCGAAGAGAUGAAUAAUUCGAUUAGCCGACUCUCUGCGGAGAUGCAGAAACAAAAAGAAAAACGUGCCGCCAGAGAGAGCGCACUCGCUCUAGCUUUGGAUACAGCAACCGUUGAGCAAAUCACGGAGUGGCACCGGCAAUUAGCAGAGCGACGGCUAACGGCGGAGGAGAUAGUACGAGUCCCCUCGCCUUGGCAACCCAAGUCAUCAACCACCACAGUGGCGGCUUCACCACAACCACCAGCGGUGGAAACCACUACCGUUCGUGCUCAAUCCCGGCCGAUGACAACAUCAACAUCCGCCAAUAGGGUCAUGGCAACUUCGUCGGGGGAGACGAAUCGAAUCACCACCGCCACUGCCGGAGUUGUGGGCGAGCACCCUUCCACAGCAAACUACAUCAUAGGGAUUGGAAAAGUUGCUGAGUGCUUCUCUCAGAAGGCAUUCCCGACGAAUCCACCGACUUAUGGGUGGAAGUUUCGAAAGAAAAUGUUUGGGAUCAGAAAAGAAGAAACGCGGGCGGUUAGGAGCCCCGAGGUUCACAGAUUGUGGGCAGAGCUCCGCCUCGACAUAGAGCAACGACGCGGGAUGGGGACGACGGGCCGCAGAGUGGAAUUGCCCUCGAGAAUCGGGCGAGGGGUGCGACGGCAACCUUGUUGUCGGGUGGAUGGCUCGCUGACGAAAAGGGAGAGGAAGAAGCAACCAUGGAUGGACAAGACAACGACGUCGGGCACUGAGGGGGUACAACAGGCGACGAGGUCGAGAUCAUCUUUCACUAACCAGAUGAAGCUCCUGUCGUCGGACAAAAAGUUGAAGAAGGAGGGAGAGACAGAUGGGGAGCAGCCCGUGGAGCCAACCGACGAGGCGGCGAAGGGAGGGUCGAACGACCGGCGGAUUCAUUCAACGGCCUCGCGAAUCGAGCAAAUAACGCGACGAUCCGCGAGGGGCUUCUUCGCAUCGACGGCGCAGAGGGAGCAGGAGAAGAAGGCGAGCACGACGGCGCUGGGAUCGCCACCCUUUCGCCUGGUGGUUCGGUCAUGGAAGCAGGAAGAGGCUGUGAAGAAAACUGGCGGCGCUGUCACUUCUCUUCUCGCAAGCCAUGGGUGGUUAACCCUAGGUCGAGCGAACCAACAACCAGGCUGGGUGGGCUGGGCUGCGGUUCGGGUCACCGGAUCGGAUGGGGCUAGAAGUUGGGCUGGCAGUCCCAAAGAGUCAGCAGAGAAGGGUGUGCAUCAAAGGCUGGGCUUUGCUGGGUUUGAUCAUGUGCAGCGGGCCAAUGAAGAAUUAGAUGUCGGCCCGGCAAGGAAGAGGGAAGCUUGGAGCGAGUUGGGCCAGUGUGAUCCGCCGAAUGGGCCGCAACUUCAGAUGGAACAGGGUGCAAAAGAGCUUAGAAGUAGGCCAAUAUUAGAGGAUCGUGGGCCGAGUCAAUUGAGACUUGGGCUGCGAAUCUGCUAUCUCAUUAAGUCUAUUUUGCAGGGUAAGGUUGAGCCCACUAUGGGCUAUGAUUUGAAGGAGAUGAGUUGGAAAGAAAAAGAAGAUGGGCCAAGUUUGGGAGGGAUUAAGUCCAACUUGGGCUUUGUCUUGAAGAAGGUAGGUUUGGCGGGAGUUGAUUUGAUAGAUGGGCGUGUAAGUGAGUCAAGUCCACACGAAAUUGAAAAGAGGAAGGGAAAGAGGAAGCUAGACGGUCCUGCCUCAUUCCGUCAAGCAAUUGUGGGUCGAGCCAAAGAUGAAGGAGGAGAAGGCCGGGAGAAGCUAUGUGUUAUUCUUGCCACUAAGUUGAUGGAAAAAUUCAUGGAGUAUUACCAUGAAGACCCCAAGUUGGAGCAGAAAGUAGAAAGAUUCUCUGAUUCUUAUUUCGUGAAUUUCGAAAAGGAAGAUGACGAAUUGUUCGGCUAUGAAGAACGUGACGUGUGUCACGUGAUUCGAGAUGGGUCAACAAAAGUUGAAGUUAUGCGAGAAGAGUUCCUUCGUGGGGUUGAGCGCAAUUGGAAGAGAAGGAAACGCAACGCACGAGGAAGCCGACAACUAGCUCUGGCUGAAGCGUAGGUCAAGUCGAUCAACCGUGCGGGCAACGUUGGUCUCUAAGCGGGAGGAGAUGAUAGAAACCGUAGGUUUCUAUUACUCCUACUAUUAUUAUUAGGUUUAUUAUUAAUAAGGUCUUUGAGUUAUA